CACCGGCCGAACGUUCCCCACCCCUGCCCUCCGGAGCCCACGCCUCCAACCGCUCUGGACUCUCCAGGGGCAGGGGCUGUGCUGCACGGAAAAGCAGGGGCUCUGAGGGCGCGAGUGAUGGCCACCUGCCCCUGGGGCCUGAGGACUGACCCCAGCUCCCCUCCUGGCCUCCUUCCUGGCCCAGCACGUGCCUGGCAUGUGUCGAGGCUGAGUCACCCCGGCUGGCCGUGCCCCUCAAAGCCGGGCCGUGGCCACCGCCCCCGAGAAGGAAGGGUGGGUGCCCGCUAUGCUGGAGGAGCUCGAGCCUCCUGGGAACUCGGGAACCCCAUUUUUGAGGCCCGCCCAUGGCCCCGCCCCUCCCCGGGAGGGAAAAGGGAGCCGCCAGUCGCUCAGCUCACAGGCACUGGGAGGACCAGAGGACAGACUGCGGUUGCCACUCCAGGCCGGGCCAUGGACCCCCACGAGAUGGCGGUCAAGAACCCCUACACCUACAUCAGCAUCCCCCGGGCUCACCUGCGGCCGGACCUGGAGCAGCAGCUGGGGGCAGCCCCCUGCUCCUCAGAGCUGCAGCCUCUGUCUGGGGGUGCCUGCGCCCUGGAGCCCACCCGCCUCCUCACGACAUGCCUAUCGGAGGACGUGCGGGCAGCUCCACAGCGAAGCCUGGCAUUGGCAUUGCUUCACUGCGGGUCCCUAGGGGGCCCCGGUGGCGGUGGCUCUGAUGGGAGUGUCCAGGGCUGCCUCUGGGUGUCCAUGUGUCUGUGUGGGGACCUCCUUGGGGCCUUUCGGGACGGGCACCACCCCAGGUGGCCACACACAGACCCGGUGGAGGGGCCACAGCAGCUGCUGGCGGCUCUGGGCCCAGAAUCUGCUGAGAAGACUCAGAAACCUGCUCCGCUCCUGGGCAAAGUCCCCCAGCUCGGGGAUUGGUGGGCAGGGCAGGGUGCAGGCCAGCAGGCCCCUGGGGAGACCCGGCCCGAGGGAGCUGAAGGGGAGUGA